AUGGUUCGCUUCUUUACUCCAGUAUUACUUCUCAUCGUCUUCGUCUGCAUUUAUCAAAGCGAUGCACUAUCCACUUUCGGAAAAAAACAAAGCCGAUGCGCACCUAUGAGAUGCGAAGGAAAAAUGAAGCAAUGUCAAUACGGCUUUCAGAAGCGAGACGGUUGUGAAAUCUGCAAAUGCCACGAUCCUUGCAAUCCUGGAGGACAAGCUUUCUGUAAACGCGAAAAAUGUCAUGUUGAACGAACACACGCUGGAACCUUCGUUGCUCGUUGUGGUACACGACGAUUCAAACGAUCAGAAGAUGUGUGUUUCGAAAAGCCUAAAAUCGUCGGAAAAUGUAAGGGUGAUCAUCCACGCUUUUCGUUCGUUAAAGAAACCGGAGCUUGCGAAAAAUUCACUUAUGGUGGAUGUGGUGGUACACGAAAUAACUUCAAAACCAAACAUGAAUGUGAAUCAUCUUGUCGAGUCUAA